AUGACCGGAUCAACAUCAGCCAGAUACACGUCCGACGAUGUCGACGCAGCACCUUUGGGCAAGCCGCUCAAAUUCGAGUUCAGCGGCAGAACGGCCCCAAAUCGCUUCCUGAAGGGUGCGAUGACAGAACGCAUCUCAUCAUGGGACCCGAAGAACCUCGAAGCUCGCGGCAUCCCAUCAAAGAACUUGGUCAAUGUGUACAAGAGGUGGGGAGAAGGUGGUCUAGGUCUCAUCCUCAGUGGAAAUAUCAUGAUCGAAUAUGAUCAUCUUGAAGCUCGUGGAAACCCGAUCAUUCCAAGAGGUGCAGCGUACGAGGGCGAGAGAUUUGAGAGAUUCAAAGAGAUGGCAACCAAUGGAAAGGCUCAUGGCAGCCUCAUGGUUGGACAGGUCUCGCAUCCAGGCCGACAAGUGACAGAAGACAUCCAACCGAAUCCAAUUUCAGCAUCUGACGUGCAGCUUGAGGGCAACAUCAUGGGCAUGACCUUUGCAAAGCCGCGUGCUGCCACAGAACAGGAUAUCAAAAACUUUAUCGAGGGGUGGGCACACGCUGCAGAAUAUCUCGAGAAAGGUGGAUGGGAUGGCAUUCAGCUGCAUGGUGCUCACGGCUACCUGCUCGCACAGUUCCUGUCACCCACCACCAAUCGUAGAACCGACAAAUAUGGCGGCUCUCUUGAAAACCGAGCACGCCUCAUCCUCGAAAUCGCGCAGGAGAUUCGCAAGCGCACGAAGCCGGACUUCGUUCUCGGGAUCAAAUUGAACUCCGUAGAAUUCCAGGACAAGGGCUUCUCGCCAGAAGAAGCCAAGCAGCUGUGUGCACUGCUCGAGCAGAACAAAUUCGAUUUCAUCGAGCUCUCGGGUGGCACCUACGAGAAGCUGGCCUUCCAACAUCAGCGCGAAUCCACCAAAAAGCGUGAAGCAUUCUUCUUGGAAUUUGCGGAACUUAUCGCCCCGGCACUAUCCAAGACCAAGACCUACAUCACAGGUGGUCUGAAGACAGUGGGUGCCAUGGUAAACGCACUUCAGACAGUAGAUGGCGUUGGACUUGCGCGACCAGUCUGCCAAGAACCCCGACUCUGCAGAGACAUUCUUGAAGGCAAAGUCAAAGGCGCUAUCGAGCAGAAGCUGGACCAGAGCAAUUUCGGAAUCACGAGCAUCGCUGCAGGAACACAAAUAAGACAGGUUGGAAAGGAUCAAGAGCCUGUUGACCUGUCGGUUCAGGAAAAUGUCGACGCUUUCAUGAAGGAUAUGGGUGCGUGGGCAGAAAAGGCGGCCAAGGACACUGAGAAAGUGGGAUAUGGUUACAUUGAUCUCGAGAGUGUUAAGACAGUGGCGUAUGGCACGGCAUAG